AUGACUGAAGAACAUUUCCACAACGUCAUGAAGCUAAUGACUGGUGUUUUGUUGUUUUUCUUCUUAAUUCUUUCCUCUCGUUGCCUUACUGACAUCAGAUGUUACAUCUACCAGAGCGUGCUGCCCCGAUUCAACCACAAGGGCGAGGUAGUGAAAGCGCACAUCAUGAAUGUGAGCUGGUCCGCCGACCACCGGAUCAUCGACGGAGCCACCAUGUGUCGUUUCUCCAACCUGUGGAGAUCGUACCUGGAAAACCCCGCUUCCAUGAAAGAGGAGAAACAGUGGAGAAGACCACAGGAGAAAAGCAAAAGCCCCAUAAGAUGGAAAAUGUCCAAGGAAGACCCUCAAAGAAAGAGCAGGACAUCAUCACAGAUCCCCAUCCCGAGGAGAUGCACCUCAACCUGGACAACUAAGAAGGAACCAAGAGGCCAGAAGUUCCCAUCAAACAGAGACGAGCAGCUCAUCCACUACCAGACCAUCCCAGAAAGACGCUUCUCCACUGACCGAGCUCACGAAAUAAUCAAACACAUUGUUGAUGAAAGACUGGAGACUGUCGAGUACAGCCACUCAUGCUCAGACAUCUCCAAGGAACUGUCUGACUGCAUUAAGACGGCUGUAAAGAAGCUGCUGAACGAUCGAUAUAAGCUGGUCUGUUAUGUGGCCAUCGGGCAGCUGAAGGACUCGGUGGUGAACUGCUCCAGUAGAGCCAUCUGGAGUCCAAGUUCAGACACGUUCACUGAAUAUAUCUAUAAAAACAGAUCCUUAUUUGCUGUUUGCAUCUUGUUUGCAGUGUAUAAAGAGUAGUGUAACUGAUCAACUACGUAACUGAUCAACUGGAA